CAAAGACGCAAACAAAACUGGAUGAGAAGUAAACGGUAACGGAAAUCUCAAGAAGAAAGAUUGAAAAGUAGAAUACAUUAAAAAGUAAUGCACACACUCGUGCAGUUCCCCUACAUUGUAUCACAAUAAAUUAAUAGUCUCGUUCGUAUUGUUAAUUUUUUAAGGAGAAGGAAAAGAGGAAACGAGAAAACCACCUAUGGAUGUAUCUUUAUCUUAGUGUUACCGUGAGUACAGGGUGCAGUCCAUAGGAAGUGAGAGAGAGAGAGAGAGAGAGAGAGAGAGAGAGAGGGAGGGAGGUACAAGCGACCACCAUUCAUGAAGUCCCAUUUGGUGUCGGUCGCUGCCACUCCCACCCCACUCUCCACCGUCUGAUGCCAGAAUCGGAACAGGAGGUAUGAUGAAGUCGGCGGCAGCGGGGAAGGGGAUGAUGGUGGGGUCGAGCCCGGGGAGAGCGGAGAAGCUGCCGGCGCCGGGGCUGGCGAGGCUGCUGGGGGGCGGGGGGAGGAGCAGGGGGCGGAGCGGGGUGGCGCGGACGAGCCCGAUGUUCGGGACGCGGAGCCGGAGCGUGGGGCGGCAGGCGGGGGCGGAGGCCCGGGCGGGGGAGGAAGGGGAGCCGUCGUCCCCCAAGGUGACGUGCAUCGGCCAGGUCCGGAUCAGGAACAAGAACAAGAAGAAGAGCGACACGAGGACGUUCAAGUCCAGGGAGAGGCUGCCGACGGCGGCGAAGCGGUGCCCGUGCCCCCAGAGGUCGCUGCUCUGCUGCGUGUUCGUCUGCCGGCAAAAGGGCUCCGGCGGGCAGCCGUGGUGGUCGCUGUGGUGGCGGCAGCGGUGGUCGAGCCUCCGAUCUGGAAAAAGCGGGAGGUACCAGCAGAGGAAAUCAAAAAUCGAGAGAAACGAGGUAGAUCUCAUGAAACCACCGAUCGAAAUGGUAGGCGGCGGCGGCGGCGGCGGCGGAGGAAGGGGAGGAGGAUAUUUCGAAUCGGAUCGAGAAGGAUAUAGAGAUGACGACGAAGAUGAGGAGGAAAUGGAGAACGAGGAGGAGGAAGAGACUAGGGUUUUCGUGUCGUCGGCGACCACGACGCCACCGAAGAACGCGCUGCUGCUGAUGAGAUGCCGAUCGGCGCCGCACAACCGGUCGUCCUCCCUCGCCGCAAACCGGUUCCCGGUCUCUCCGCUUCCGCCAUCGGAAUCAGGAUCUUCUCCGGUGGAGAAGGAAGCCGGGAAGAAGAUCGAAGAACGAGAAGAGGAGGAAGAGGAGGGGGGAAGGUCGAGCAAUGGGAGCUCGAGGGAUGGAGAGGAGGGGUCGCGGCCGCUGGUGCUGACGCGAUGCAAGUCGGAGCCGGCGAGGAAGGUGGCCGUCCGGGAUGCGUCUUACUGUUUUCGGGCCAACAACGACGGCGGCGGCGGCGGCGACGACGGCGGCGGCAGGCAGCGACGGUUGGCCCUCGUUCACGAGGAGCGGCCCCCACCACCACUCUCUCCCCCGCGGUAAACCCACGUCCGGUCCAAAUAUUUCUGCUGGUGUCCGAUUAAAAUUUUGUGAUUAACGUUGUCAUUUGCUUGUUAAGUGAGUGGUUUUAUGGAUGUACAAAGUUUUGUGGAGGGACCUGGUAAUAAAACUCGUAUGCAUCACCCUCUCUACUCUAUCUGACACGAGCGAGGGUAGUUUAAUAUUGUUUUCUCGAGAUCUAUUAUUUUUGUGGGAAUCCGAGAGUGGGGAGAAUCUCCAUUCGCAUCACUUUGCGGAACGGAAAUGGAAGAGGCGAGAUCAUAGUUCUAUGUGGAGGAGGAGCAACUAGUAUCCGUACGCCUCAAAAAGAGUAAAUUAACGUCAUGCUCAAAUGCCUUCAUGUAUAAGUUUUUUUUUUCUCACCCUACUUUAGUGUAUGUGCAACUAGCAGAAUACAAUCUGAUACAAAUGUAAGAGUCGUCUGAAGCAAUCCAGUCUACGAUUCUGUUUA